CACUCGACACAUUCGCGGGACCAUUUGAGUUGAGCAAGAAACAUUACGACCUUUAGAAGUGAUCUUGUGAGGUAAUACUCGAUUUCACUGCUCCCAAAAUGAAUGAGAGUAAAAGUGACAGUGAUUUGGAAACUCAACAAGUCGAAACGCUCCAACCAAGCUUGCAGGAGCAGGAUUUCGUAAGAAAAGCUGGUGACAUUCCUGUUGUGAAGACAGCGGUGGAGAAAAUUACCAGUUUAUACCACAGCGCACGGGAAAGGAAUCAUCUCACUAAAGUGAGCUUUGCCGCUGCCGAGCUCUCAUUUUGGACGGCUAUAAAGACCUCGCAGUUUGCUUACAGUUUGUUGCCAAAUUCUGGACCUGUGGGGAAAGUAAAGCAAGAUUUCGAGAGAGGAGUUGCUUCAGCCAAUAGAGUAGCUUGCCGCGGCCUCGAUGCCAUCCAGGAUGCCUGCCCCUCCCUGAUGGGCAGCCCAGAGCAGGCAAUACAUGGCAUUGCCGAGAUCACGUGGGUCUUAACGAAGACAGGUUUCAAGGUCACUUCAGAGCUGACUUGGGAAACGGUUUCGCGUAUCCCAGGACUUUCGCAUCUACUUCCGGCUCACCCAAAACUCCGUCGCUCCACUCGACGACGCCGGAAGACAAAACCGGAAGACGUCGUUAGAUUUCCCUUCCCGACAUCACCUGAGCGCAAACGUAAACGAAGUACUGGUGGCAGCGAAGAAGAAGGAACCAUCGAAGAGUUGCUCUACAUCACGAAUGACUACGACUCCGAUGCCGACCCCGACUACCAACCGUCGGAAGACGAAUCUUCGGAUGAGAGCGAAAGUGGCGAGGGGGACUCGGGCGAGGGAGACGAGGAUGUGGACGAUGGUCACGAAGACCUUGGUGGCCAGGCCCUCACGCCAGUCGAAGUGGGUAGAAACGGCGGGAAAAUCGUGAAGACUGAUUUGAUGAUCGUGAACGUGAGAAAUGGCGAUAGAGAAAAAAAGACAGUGGAGCAGAAAGAGCCAACAAAGAAGGAAACAAAAGCAAUGGAGGCGAAUAAGUCCGCCGAACAAAAGAUCAAAAAAGAAGAUCCGAAAGCCAAGGAUACAAAAGAGGAAAUCCAGGCGGUGAAACUACGGGAAGACAAAUUGAAAGAAGCAAUGGAGGUGAUUGGUUCCGCUGAACAAAAGAUCAAAAAGCAAGAUCCGAAAGCAAAGGAUUCAAAAGAGGAAAUCCAGGCUGUGAAACUACGCGAAGACAAAUUGAAAGAAGCGAUGGAGGUGAUGAGAUACGAGGAAAAGGCAUUCACCGCAGGGGCAGACGCUUCCAAGGAAAAAUCGAAAAUGAAAAAGACAAGGUCGCCAAAAGGUCAUGCGGAGCCUCCUACGACAGCAGAUACUCAUGGGAAGUCAUUAGGUACCGUGGUGGCUGACUUGAAGUCGCCCACGUCUACGAGUGCUCAUGGGGAGUCACAUGGGGCUAAUGGAAAGCUGAUUUCUGGGAGAAGAGUGGAGAAAAUCCAAGUGAGAAGAAAACAACGGAAGGCACUUUGGAAGGAAGAAUUGUGCUAUGAACGUCUUUGAGAUAAUAACGUGUGGCCAAAAGCGUGUGUAGAAUGUGUAAUGCGAGAGAAUUGGAAUGCAAAAUCUGUGUGUUCAAAAUGAUUUCGAGUUGAUUUUUCAUCUCUUAUACUGAACUAAUGAAAACUGAUGUACUUGACAAUAAACAUGGCGUGGCGCUCUAA